AGAACAAGUCGUGUGACAUCGAUAUGGCUCCUCCUGCUCCUGCUGGUGCUGCAACUAUCAUUUAUCUCCGUGCUGUUGGUGGAGAAAGUGCUUCUCCCGCUGCUCUUGCUCCUAAAGUCGGUCCUCUCGGUAUGGCCCCCAAGAAGGUGGGUGAUGAUAUCCAGAAGGCCACUAUGGAUUGGAAGGGUCUGAAGAUCACUGUGAAGCUGACCGUUGUGAAUCGUCAGGCUACCGUGGAAGUGGUUCCUAGCGCUUCCUCUCUGAUCAUCCGUGAGCUCAAUGAGCCUCCUCGUGAUCGUAAGAAGGAGAAGAACGUGAAGCACAACGGAAACAUUACUCUCGAUCAGGUGAUCAAGGUGGCCAAGGUCCUCCGUGAGCGUUCCUAUGCCAACAAGCUGGCUGGAACCGUGAAGGAGGUGCUGGGAACCUGCUAUUCUGUGGGCUGCACCGUCAAUGGACAGCAUCCUUCUGACAUUAUCGCCGCCAUCGACAAUGGAGAAAUUGAGGUGCCUGAGGAAUAAGUAACGUGUGGAUUGUUCGAUGGACAUGAUUUU